CCACAGGGGAAAGAGAGAGAGAGAGAGAGAGAGAGAGAGAACUGGUUUUAGCUCCGGUGCCGAUCUGAAAGCAGCGAGGAGGAGAAGCAACAAAAGCUUUAGUAAUAAAAAAAUAAAGCAGGGCUUCUGCAAAUUCUUGCUGGGAAGUUUGUGCCUGCUCAAUUGGAGCUCUUUAUAGGUGCAAAUAUCGUGAAUUUUUUAUGAGCUGGAGGAGAAAGCUUGGUAGAGGCCAGACCCAAGUUUGAAUUUUUUUGUUGGCAUAUGGAAGUUUGGGGGUUUCAGAGGUUUGAAUUAGGGUUUUAUUGGUUUUUGAUGGAAUAGUUUGGUGUUAAAGAUUGUGUUUUUAGAUAACCAAGUCGAUGAAUAAUAAUAAUCAGGCCAAGAAUGUAGGGGUGCCACCCCAUUUUGGUAAUUCUGGGGCAGUGCCACAACCUAUGGCCAUGAACCACCAGCCUCAUCUUCUAUCUCAAUCACAGCCUCAGACUCAAGGUGGGUCUCAUUUUCCGGGUCACUUUCAGUUGUCGGAGCCCCAAGCUCAGGCACUUGCACAGGCACAGUACGUGAAUGCUCAUGCACAGGCCCAAACUCAAGCUGCUCAUGCCCAAUUUGUUCAGUUGCAAGCUCAAGCUCAGUCCCUUGCCCAGUUGCAUAGUGCCAAUACUAGUAAUGCUGGUGCCGCUUCACCCUCCAUAGCAACGCCUAGCACGGGCUCUGCCAAGCGGGCUAACCAGAAGCCACCUUCUCGUCCUCCAGGUUCAUCUAAUGCCAACACGGCUUCACCAUUUAAAACCAUGGAGCUCACCCCAGCUGCUCGUAGAAAGAAGCGGAAACUACCUGAUAAACAAAUACCAGACAAAGUGGCUGCACUUCUGCCAGAGUCUGGUCUCUAUACUCAAUUGCUUGAAUUUGAGGCUCGUGUUGAUGCUGCUUUGGCAAGGAAGAAGAUCGACAUCCAGGAGUCCCUUAAAUGUCCUCCCCGUGUUCAGAAAACAGUUCGAAUUUAUGUCUUCAACACCUUUGCAAAUCAGACGCAAACAACUCCUGAGAAGACGAAUGCAGAACCCCCUUCUUGGUCACUGAAGAUAAUUGGGAGGUUAUUGGAAGAGGGGAAUGAUCCUGUGGUGGCUGGAAUGACACAGAAAUCAAGGGCAAAAUUUUCAUCUCUGUUCAAGAAGAUUACCAUAUACUUGGACAAAAGCCUCUAUCCAGAUAACCAUGUGAUUUUAUGGGAAAGUGCUCGUUCACCCGCUCUUCAUGAUGGCUUUGAAGUCAAAAGAAAAGGGGACAAGGAGUUUAAUGCAAUAAUAAGAAUGGAGAUGAAUUAUGCACCUGAGAAAUUUAAACUUUCCCAAGCUCUGAAUGAAGUUCUGGGAAUUGAGGUAGAGACACGGCCCCGAGUUAUAGCUGCUAUUUGGCACUAUGUGAAGGCCAGGAAAUUGCAGAACCCAAAUGACCCCACUUUAUUUGUGUGUGAUCCACCUCUUCAGAAGGUUUUUGGGGAAGAGAAGAUGAAGUUUUCUAUGGUUUCACAAAAGAUAUCUCAGCAUUUAACUCCACCACAGCCUAUAAAUAUAGAGCAUAAGAUAAAACUUUCAGGAAAUUGUCCAGCUGGAACUACUUGCCAUGAUAUACUGGUUGAUGUACCUAUGCCAUUAGAGAAGGAGAUGUCUGCAUUCUUGGCAAGCACCGAGAGGAACAAAGAGAUUGAUGCUUGUGAUGAAUUGAUUUGUGCAUCUAUCAAAAAAAUCCAUGAACAUCGUCGGCGGCGGUCUUUCUUUCUUGGGUUCAGUCAAUCUCCAGCGGAGUUCAUUAAUACUUUGAUUGCUUCUCAGAGCAAGGAUCUGAAGCUUGUUGCUGGAGAUGCUAGUCGUAAUGCGGAAAAGGAGCGGCGCUCUGAUUUCUACAAUCAACCCUGGGUUGAGGAUGCUGUUAUUCGUUACUUGAACCGUAAGUCGGCAGGAAGUGAUGCUCCUGGAAGCACUUGAAAUAAGGAAUUGCCUAAUUUUCAAUAAAUGGCAGUAGUGUGUUUUCCAAAAUAUCUAGGUCUUGUUGUUUCCUCUCAUGUUUAUUUCGUUUCUUGAUUUCAAUCUUUUCCCUUUUUAUUAGGAGAGUAUUGAAAUACUGUAGACAGAAAGCAUACGUUGAGUAGCUUUCUAGUAGAAAUUCUUCUUAAUUGUAUUAGAUUCAUGAUGAUAUACGACCUCCUGUGGAAAGAAAAAUAUAUAUAUAUUUUUCUUUUUUAUUAAUGGAAAAACAUAAUGUUUUUUCUUUGCCUGAA